GGCACGGAGCCGCGUAGACUGACUGUUUCCUGGGACGAAGCCACGGGGUAUCGGACCCCACCAGGAUUAUAAAACAGGGCGGAGGGAAGGGAGACCCCGAGGACCCCUCUCCAGGCUGGUCACCAUGUGGGGGCUUUUGAUCUGGACGCUGCUAGCUCUGCAUCAGAUCCGCGCGGCCAGAGCCCAAGAUGAUGUGUCCCCGUAUUUCAAGACAGAGCCUGUGCGGACACAGGUGCACCUGGAAGGAAACCGCCUGGUGCUUACAUGCAUGGCCGAGGGCAGCUGGCCACUGGAGUUCAAGUGGCUCCACAACAACAGGGAGCUGACCAAGUUCUCCCUGGAAUACAGAUACAUGAUCACCAGCCUGGACCGCACCCACGCUGGCUUUUACCGUUGCAUCGUGCGGAACCGAAUGGGGGCCCUGCUGCAGCGGCAAACCGAGGUCCAGGUGGCCUACAUGGGGAGCUUUGAGGAGGGUGAGAAGCACCAGAGCGUCUCCCACGGAGAAGCAGCUGUCAUCCGUGCCCCGCGCAUCGCCAGCUUCCCCCAGCCACAGGUGACCUGGUUCCGGGACGGCCGCAAGAUCCCGCCCAGCAGCCGCAUAGCCAUCACGCUGGAGAACACCCUUGUCAUCCUGUCAACGGUGGCCCCUGACGCAGGUCGCUACUAUGUGCAGGCUGUUAAUGACAAGAACGGGGAUAACAAGACCAGCCAGCCCAUCACGCUCACCGUGGAGAAUGUAGGGGGGCCUGCAGACCCCAUCGCACCCACCAUCAUCAUCCCACCUAAAAACACCAGCGUGGUGGCCGGGACCUCAGAGGUUACCUUGGAGUGUGUGGCCAAUGCCAGGCCCCUGAUCAAGCUACAUAUCAUUUGGAAGAAGGAUGGGGUGUUGCUGUCAGGCGGCAUCAGUGACCACAACCGCCGGCUCACCAUCCCCAACCCCACCAGCAGUGACGCCGGCUACUACGAGUGUGAGGCUGUCCUGCGCAGCAGCAGCGUCCCCUCUGUCGUCCGGGGCGCCUACCUCUCAGUGCUGGAACCGCCUCAGUUUGUCAAGGAGCCAGAAAGACACAUCACUGCGGAGAUGGAGAAGGUGGUGGACAUCCCCUGUCGGGCCAAAGGUGUGCCGCCGCCCUCCAUCACCUGGUAUAAGGACGCAGCCGUGGUGGAGGUGGAGAAGUUGACCCGCUUCCGGCAGCGCAGCGACGGGGGCCUGCAGAUCAGCGGCCUGGUGCCCGAUGAUACCGGCAUGUUCCAGUGCUUCGCCCGCAAUGCAGCCGGCGAGGUGCAAACUUCCACCUACCUGGCUGUCACCAGCAUCGCCCCUAACAUCACCAGAGGCCCCCUGGACAGCACGGUGAUCGACGGCAUGUCAGUGGUGCUAGCAUGUGAGACCUCGGGGGCGCCCCGACCAGCUAUCACUUGGCAGAAAGGGGAGCGCAUCUUGGCCAGUGGCUCUGUGCAGCUGCCUCGCUUCACACCCCUGGAGUCGGGCAGCCUCCUCAUCAGCCCCACACACAUCUCCGACGCGGGGACCUACACCUGCCUGGCCACCAACUCUCGGGGGGUCGAUGAGGCCUCAGCAGACCUAGUCGUUUGGGCUCGGACCCGCAUCACCAAGCCCCCCCAGGAUCAGAGUGUCAUCAAGGGCACCCAGGCCUCCAUGGUGUGCGGAGUGACCCACGACCCCCGAGUGACCAUCAGGUACAUCUGGGAGAAAGACGGGGCUACCCUGGGCACGGAGAGCCAUCCUCGUAUCCGCCUGGACAGAAACGGCUCCCUGCACAUCUCACAGACGUGGUCGGGAGACAUCGGCACGUACACCUGCCGGGUGAUCUCAGCAGGAGGCAACGACUCUCGCAGUGCCCACCUGCGAGUCAGGCAACUGCCCCACGCGCCCGAGCACCCAGUGGCCACUCUCAGCACCGUGGAAAGGCGAGCCAUCAACCUGACGUGGACCAAGCCCUUUGAUGGCAACAGCCCCCUGAUCCGCUACAUUCUGGAGAUGUCGGAGAACAAUGCCCCCUGGACUGUACUCCUGGCCAGUGUGGACCCCAAAGCUACCUCAGUGACAGUCAAGGGCCUAGUUCCUGCACGCUCCUACCAGUUCCGUCUUUGUGCCGUCAACGACGUGGGGAAAGGACAGUUCAGCAAAGACACCGAGAGGGUCUCCCUCCCCGAGGAGCCCCCCACGGCCCCUCCACAGAACGUCAUCGCCAGCGGUCGAACCAACCAGUCCAUCAUGAUCCAGUGGCAGCCGCCUCCUGAGAGCCACCAGAAUGGAAUUCUCAAGGGCUACAUCAUCAGGUACUGCCUGGCCGGGCUGCCCGUGGGGUACCAGUUUAAGAACAUCACGGAUGCUGAUGUGAACAACCUGCUGCUGGAGGAUCUCAUCAUUUGGACCAACUACGAGAUCGAGGUGGCUGCUUACAACAGCGCUGGGCUGGGGGUCUACAGCAGUAAAGUCACCGAGUGGACGCUGCAGGGAGUUCCCACGGUCCCUCCGGGCAAUGUGCACGCGGAAGCCACCAAUUCCACGACCAUCCGCUUCACCUGGAACGCCCCCAGCCCCCAGUUCAUCAACGGCAUCAACCAGGGCUACAAGCUGAUCGCCUGGGAGCCGGAACAGGAAGAGGAGGUUACCAUGGUGACCGCCAGGCCUAACUUUCAAGACAGCAUCCACGUGGGCUUCGUGUCUGGCUUGAAGAAGUUCACCGAGUACUUCACCUCAGUGCUGUGUUUCACCACCCCCGGGGACGGGCCACGCAGCACCCCGCAGCUGGUGCGCACCCAUGAGGAUGUGCCUGGGCCCGUGGGACACCUGAGCUUCAGUGAGAUCCUGGACACAUCGCUGAAGGUCAGCUGGCAAGAGCCGGGAGAGAAAAAUGGCAUCCUCACAGGGUACCGGAUCUCCUGGGAGGAGUACAAUCGAACCAACACCCGUGUGACCCACUACCUGCCCAACGUGACCCUGGAGUACCGUGUCACGGGCCUCACCGCGCUCACCACCUACACCAUCGAGGUGGCCGCCAUGACCUCAAAGGGCCAGGGCCAAGUGUCCGCCUCCACCAUCUCCUCUGGGGUGCCCCCAGAACUCCCAGGGCCCCCUACCAACCUGGGCAUUUCCAACAUCGGCCCCCGCUCUGUGACCUUGCAGUUCAGGCCAGGCUACGAUGGGAAAACCUCCAUCUCCCGCUGGCUGGUGGAAGCCCAGGUAGGCGUGGUUGGGGAGGGAGAGGAGUGGUUGCUGAUCCACCAGCUCUCCAAUGAGCCCGAUGCCCGCUCCAUGGAGGUGCCCGACCUCAACCCCUUCACCUACUACAGCUUCCGCAUGCGCCAGGUGAACAUCGUGGGCACCAGCCCCCCCAGUCAGCCUUCUAGAAAGAUCCAGACCCUGCAGGCACCCCCUGACAUGGCCCCAGCCAAUGUGUCUCUGCGCACAGCCAGUGAGACCAGCCUGUGGCUGCGCUGGAUGCCUCUCCCGGAGAUGGAAUACAAUGGGAACCCUGAGUCCGUGGGCUAUAAGAUCAAGUACAGCCGGUCAGACGGGCAUGGCAAGACGCUGAGCCACGUGGUGCAGGACCGUGUGGAGCGGGAGUACACCAUCGAGGACCUGGAGGAGUGGACAGAGUACCGCGUCCAGGUCCAGGCCUUCAACGCCAUCGGGAGCGGGCCCUGGAGCCAGACGGUGGUGGGCAGGACCCGGGAGUCAGUCCCUUCUUCCGGCCCCACCAAUGUGUCUGCACUGGCCACCACCUCCAGCAGCAUGCUGGUGCGCUGGAGCGAGGUCCCCGAGGCCGAUCGCAACGGGCUCGUGCUGGGCUAUAAGGUGAUGUAUAAGGAGAAGGACUCGGACACCCAGCCCCGAUUCUGGCUGGUGGAAGGCAACUCGUCUCGCAGUGCCCAGCUGACCGGCUUGGGCAAAUACGUGCUCUAUGAAGUCCAGGUGCUGGCCUUCACACGCAUCGGGGACGGCAGCCCCAGCCACCCUCCCAUCCUGGAGCGGACGCUGGAUGAUGUCCCAGGACCACCCAUGGGCAUCCUGUUCCCAGAGGUGCGGACCACGUCUGUGCGGCUGAUCUGGCAGCCCCCUGCUGCCCCCAAUGGCAUCAUUCUUGCUUACCAGAUCACACACCGGCUCAACACCACCACGGCCAACACCGCCACUGUGGAGGUGCUGGCACCCAGCGCCCGGCAGUACACAGCCACGGGCCUCAAGCCAGAGUCUGUCUACCUGUUCCGCAUCACGGCCCAGACCCGCAAGGGCUGGGGAGAAGCUGCCGAGGCCUUGGUGGUGACCACCGAGAAGAGAGACCGUCCGCAGCCCCCCAGCAGGCCGAUGGUGCAGCAGGAGGAUGUGAGAGCACGCAGCGUGCUGCUGUCCUGGGAGCCAGGGAGCGACGGGCUCUCCCCUGUGCGCUACUACACCAUCCAGACCCGCGAGCUGCCCAGCGGCACGUGGGCACUGCACUCGGCCUCCGUGAGCCACAACGCCUCCAGCUUCAUUGUGGACAGGCUGAAGCCCUUCACGUCCUACAAGUUCCGAGUGAAGGCGACCAAUGACAUUGGCGACAGCGAGUUCAGCGAGGAGUCGGAGUCACUGACCACCCUGCAGGCUGCCCCCGACGAAGCACCCACCAUCCUCUCCGUGACGCCCCACACCACCACCUCCGUGCUAAUCCGAUGGCAGCCGCCAGCAGAGGACAAGAUCAAUGGCAUCCUCCUGGGCUUCCGGAUCCGAUACCGGGAGCUGCUCUAUGAAGGACUGAGGGGCUUCACGCUUCGAGGCAUCAACAACCCAGGGGCCACAUGGGCUGAGCUUACCUCCAUGUACUCCAUGCGGAACCUGAGCCGGCCCAGCCUCACGCAGUACGAGCUGGACAACCUGAACAAGCACAGGCGGUACGAGAUACGGAUGAGCGUGUACAACGCUGUGGGCGAGGGGCCCUCCAGCCCCCCGCAGGAGGUCUUUGUUGGGGAGGCAGUGCCCACAGCAGCACCUCGUAACGUGGUCGUCCACGGCGCCACAGCCACACAGCUGGACGUGACUUGGGAGCCACCUCCGCUGGACAGCCAGAAUGGAGACAUCCAGGGGUACAAGAUUUAUUUCUGGGAAGCCCAGCGGGGGAACCUCACGGAGCGAGUGAAGACGCUUUUCCUGGCUGAGAACAGCGUGAAGCUCAAGAACUUGACUGGCUACACGGCCUACAUGGUCAGCGUGGCCGCCUUCAACGCCGCUGGGGAUGGGCCUCGGAGCACCCCCACCCAAGGCCAGACCCAGCAAGCAGCCCCCAGCGCUCCCAGCUCGGUCAAGUUCAGUGAGCUGACCACAACCUCAGUGAACGUGUCCUGGGAAGCCCCGCAGUUCCCCAAUGGCAUCCUGGAGGGCUACAGGCUGGUGUACGAGCCCUGCAGCCCCGUGGAUGGAGUCAGCAAGAUCGUGACAGUGGACGUGAAGGGGAACAGCCCCCUGUGGCUGAAGGUGAAGGACCUGGCGGAGGGGGUGACCUACAGGUUCCGCAUCAGAGCCAAGACCUUCACCUACGGGCCGGAGAUCGAAGCCAACGUCACCACGGGCCCCGGAGAAGGUGCCCCAGGACCGCCUGGCGUGCCCAUCAUCGUGCGGUACAGCUCUGCCAUCGCCAUUCACUGGUCCAGCGGAGACCCGGGCAAAGGGCCCAUCACCCGCUACGUCAUCGAGGCCAGACCUUCAGACGAGGGACUGUGGGACAUCCUCAUCAAAGACAUCCCCAAGGAGGUGAGCUCCUACACGUUCAGCAUGGACAUCCUGAAGCCGGGCGUGAGCUAUGACUUCCGGGUCAUCGCCGUCAACGACUACGGCUUCGGCACCCCCAGCAGCCCCUCCCAGUCUGUGCCAGCCCAGAAAGCCAACCCCUUCUAUGAGGAGUGGUGGUUCUUGGUGGUCAUUGCCCUGGUCGGCCUCAUCUUCAUCCUGCUUCUGGUCUUCGUGCUCAUCAUCCGGGGCCAGAGCAAGAAGUACGCCAAGAAGACAGACUCGGGGAACAGUGCCAAGUCUGGAGCCCUAGGCCACAGCGAGAUGAUGAGCUUGGAUGAAAGCAGCUUCCCUGCCCUGGAACUCAACAACAGGCGGCUCUCCGUCAAGAACUCUUUCUGCCGAAAGAACGGCCUGUACACCAGGUCUCCCCCCAGGCCCAGCCCGGGCAGCCUGCACUACUCGGAUGAGGAUGUCACCAAAUACAACGACCUCAUCCCUGCAGAGAGCAGCAGCCUGACGGAGAAGCCCUCAGAAAUCUCCGACUCUCAGGGAAGUGACAGCGAGUACGAGGUCGACUCAAACCACCAGAAGGCCCACUCCUUUGUCAACCACUACAUCAGUGACCCCACAUACUACAACUCGUGGCGGCGACAGCAGAAGGGCAUCUCGAGGGCACAGGCCUACAGCUACACGGAGAGCGACUCGGGUGAGCCAGACCACGCCACCGUCACCAACAGCACCAGCACCCAGCAGGGCAGCCUCUUUCGGCCCAAGGCCAGUCGGACUCCAACGCCCCAGAACCCCCCUAACCCCCCAAGUCAGCAGAGCACCCUCUACCGUCCCCCCAGCAGCCUGGCCCCAGGCUCCCGGGCUCCCAUAGCAGGAUUUUCAUCAUUUGUUUGACAUCAGAAGAGGAAAAAGCAAGAAAGAGAAAUGGCACCAAACUCCUCCUUCACCCCUCCUCUCACUGCCUGCCAGAAAACAAAAACACCAAGAAACCAAGUCAACUUUUCACCUCCUGAGUUUAUUUUUCCAGAGAUUUCAGGGCCAGCAAAGCCGGCGUUCAGAAGGAGGGAGAAAACCGUGAGAGGAUGUAUGUGGCCAGCAGCUCUUCAGCUUUGAGAUGGUGGGGUUCACUGCUCCCUUGGGAAUUACACGGAGCUGGGGAAGUGGCUGUGUCACUGCUAUGGACACGGAGUGGGGCGGGCAUCUGGAGAGAGAGGGGGAGCGGAGGCUAAGGACUGGAGGCCGCCAGGCAGGCAUGGCCGAGGGAAGAAAAAGCUUCUGGAUGUCCAGCCAGCUGCCCCCUUCCAGCCCCUCCAGGACCCCUGGACCCACUGCCGCUGCUCUCUGCAAAAAGGAUGGGCAUCCCGGAGGCCACGCCUACCUUCUCUCUCUGCUCCUCCUUCCCUCCGUGCACCAUCACUGUGGCUGGCAGGCAUCGGACAGCCUCAUCCAGACCCCCUGCCCUGUCUUGGCAACCUCUACUGCCCAUCUCCCCUGCUCAACUUCUCCACCAAGCAUUUGGUUUAUUUAGAAAAAGGAAGAAAAACAAAAAACAAAAAACUAAAGGGUGAGAAUUUGCUUACCGCCUUCCUUGUUCCUGCAUAUUUUUUAAAAUUUUGAAUCCAAGGAAGAGAGCCCAAGGGUAGGGGAGAAACCCCCCACAACUGACCCCUGCCUCCCUGUGCUGGAAUUGACUUUCCUGAGCAUGGACAAGGAAAGGUGAAGUCUGGGGAGCAGAGGUGUAAAUAAGGCGACUGGCCUUGGCACUGUGGGAUGAUUAGGUUUAAUGCAUUGUGGGCGAGAUAAGAAUGACACUUUGACGGUUCUCUUUCUUCCAAUCCAGGUUCCAUCCGUCCUCUCUUUAAAGGGGUAGUCAGCUUCCCAAGGCUGGGGAGUGGGGCACAGCUGAGGGAUCUCCCUCUGGGCAGACACAUCACUCUGCACUGGAUAGAUCCUCACCACACACACACACACACACACACACACACACACAAUCUGCUCCAAGGAGUGUUCUGCAAAAAGCCACAUCCAGUGGCCAGGAUCUUCCCGUCCACUUGGUACUUACGGAUGCCAGGGUUUAGGGAGAGGCCUUUCUAUCUAACUCCAUACGUUGUCCAAGGCCCUCUGUGCCCUCAGCCAGCCCUGUAAGGCCAGCCCAACACCUGCCCCACCGCUGAGAUGGGUGGCAGAUGGCCCACAGGGGCCUGUCUGAUUCAGCGUGAGCCCCUUCGUGGAGCAGGGCUCCCUCUGUGCACUGUGUACAGGCGCUGCUGGCCCUGCCCAAGAGAUGAUGCUCUGUUGGGGUGGGUGAGCAGAGUUCAAGGAAGCCCAAGUAGGAGAUUCGGGAAACAUGCCAAGGUAAGAGAGAGCCUGGACCACUCUCCUACAGCCCCAAGUCAGUCACUGUGCUAAUGGUGACCGGGAAGGGAAGUCAGGGUCUGGGGCCCAAAGAACGGGCACACCCAGCCAUGAGUUUUUCCUGAAGCACUUGACCCCUGGGAAAUGUGAACGGGGAGAUGCUGGAAGAUGGCUCAGCAGACAGGCCAGCCCAGCUCCAGUGUCCAAAAAGCGGUUUCUCCAAUAAGGAGGCCUGGGAAGGGAAGCACAAUCUUCCCCAAAGGAGAACUAGGGGCUGAGGUUCUGCCCCUCCAGGAAGUAAGGUGCUCUCGGGGCCUCCUUGGACUUGUCUGGGGGCUGCAGUGGAGUCAGCUGGACACCUGCUCCACCCCUGCCACCUCCGCCCCCACCCUCUGCAGCAUCUGGCAUCUCCAUGGCAGCACAUCUGCAGCUGCCGGCCUGUGAUCAUGCUGCGCAGCUUUCUUUUCUUUCCUCCCAUCUUUUUUUUUUUUUUUAAAUAACUUCAUCCUUUUCCCUCUCUGCUGAGCAUUUAACCAUUUAAGGAAGUUCCCAGUUUGCAUUAGGGAAUUAUUUAAGCCCAGCCCAGUGAGGGAUUAUUUGGGAGGAAGCAGGGGUGAGUAAAAACAUUGUGUCUGUGUAUAUAUUGCACAUGAGGUCAAUUUUCCUUUGCCUUUAAUGAAUCACCUGGUGCACUAAGAUAUUCCACCCCCCCACUCCCCACACGCUCAUUCGCACCCAUGCUGACACCUAUGUGUACAUGCGGGAUGGUGCCCAUGCACGCCUGUGCUUACACACAUGCACACACAAAUAUGCACAGAACACACAUCUGUAUGUGUGUUAGCAAAGAGACUCCUGAACUCCCUCUGAUGGCUGAAGCCAUCUCUCCCCUGUGAGGCACAGGUGGCCUGGGUUGCUUGCACUUGGGGCGUGGCUGGGAUCUAUUGUCUGAGAGGGUGAGGACACCAUGCAAAUUUAGACAAGCCCAUGAGAUCAGGCUGGGCCCAUGGUGAAAGUCCCACACUUAGUCAAUACCCACUCAUCUGGAAUAUUGUCUCCACAGCCCCAGCCACAGCUGGAAGCUCAGGCCUGCAGCUGUGGAACUCUAGAUUUUUUCAGGACACGUCUCUUUGCCCUUGUUUACAUAUCUAUUGGCACAGCCGAGGCUCCCAACCGUCCUCCCAGACACCUGGCCACAUUAGAAAGGGGUGGUGGGCCCUGCCCUUUCUAGAAAGAGUGGGACCCUUUCUGGCCUGUGAUUUUCCGUGCCAGUGAUGCCAGGGCCCCUGCCUGUGGGACUCCACCCAAAGCAGGUUCACACCAGGACACACCUGGCACCUUUGGCAUUGCCUCCCUGUGCCCUAAGCAAUCUCCCGGUGUUGCACCCAGGAGCCCAUGCUGGGCACACCAGGGCUUUCCCCUUCCUGGCUGCGCCUCCAGAGUUGACGUCAGCUCCACACCCACACUGCCAAGACAAACCAAAAAGAUGCUCUGGGCUCCAGAACCACCAUCCUCCUAGGGCUCCAGAGAGUUUGCAAACCCAGGCUGCCUCCCCUUCUGUCCAUCCCUUACCCCCUGGCCCCCAAAACUCCUACCCCCAAACCUGACACUGCCGUGAUUUAGAGGAAACAAGGACACAGCGGGGGCUGCCCCACCUGGUGCACGCUGCCUCAAGGCCUUCUGUUGCUGCCCACGCCUCCCUGGGCAGUGCUUCUAAAGGUGCCAGAGCCUCACCACAGUGCCACUCUGGCUGGGCAGGGGCUUCCCUCAGCUUCCCAGAGUGCACAUCUGAAGGUGCCUACCCUGGGUGAGGGGCUGGUGGGCAGGAAGGUAAAGGGGAGACCAUCUGAGCAGCCGCCACCCGCUCCCCAGUGCCUCUGUAUGGCCCUAUCCAGGGACACCCAUGGGCAUGCGCACAUGGCAAUCCUGACCACCACCUGAGCACAGGUGCCCCCUCGGGACCACCCCCCUUCUCUUUGUUUCCAUCAGAAUAACCAAAAGCAUUGAAACGUGUUACCUUUCUCCAUCCAUCUAGACUCCAGAAACAAAAAUCAACACAAAUCUUUAUUUUUUGAUUUAAAAGAUAUAACAAAAAAUUAUGGGGAGAGUAUUCAUUAUGGCAGGUGUCUGUCUGUAAGAAAAAAUAUAUAUCUCUAUGUCAUAUAGCGUGUUAGCAGGUUUAUUUUUUAAAUGAAAGGUAAGAAAGAAAUUGAUUUGAAAUAUAUACCACGAGAAGUCCCGUGUCCUGUCAAACUGUCAGUAUUUUAUAAAUAAACUUUUUUUUUUGGA